UGAAUCUCUGGUGGUUUCAAUGUUGGAUUCAUAGAACCCUAUUAUUUAUUUUCAAUUUUUAACAUAAAUAAGAAUCGAAUAGUUUACAUUACAAUAAGUAAUUAUUUAAAUGCUUAAGCGAAAGCAUAUCAGCCUUUAAAUAGAAGAAAUGGCAGAUUAUAGACGUCGUAGUACUGAAAGACAUCGAAGUCGUAGUCGAGAUAGAUACAGAAGCCGUGAUCGAGAGAAACGAGAACGUAAUAGAGAUCACAGCAAUGAUCGUUAUAGGAACAGCAGCAGAGAACGCAAACACAGUAUUGAACGACAUACUAGAGAUAAGCGUAGGAGUAGCAGCAGUGAGAAUAAUAGACAUGUAGGCAAUGAAAGAGAGAAAAAAAGUCGCCAUAGGGAAGAUGACACGGAUUACACAAGAAAUCGCGAGAGAGCGCAAAAUCGAGAUCACGGUCGGAGCUCCUACAAAGAAUUUUCAGGUGGUGGACUUGGAGGAGGUUUAGGUAGCGGUGACCAGGCUCCUCGCGGUCGUUACAAACCCCAGGAGGAAGAAUUCCUCGAUGCGAGGAGAGAAGAAAGAGAGAGAAUUGGUGAAGUUGGGGUGUCUUCAGUUUGGGGAAAAUCACCAACUAGGCCUGACUCUGAAGAAGAACUUCAAGAAAUUAAUUCAGAAACUGGCAAAGAAAAGAAGAAAAGUAAGAAAUCCAAAGACAAAGAUGGUACAAAAAAAAAGCUUAAGAAAUUAAAGAAAAAACUAAAGAAAGUAAAGAAAGCAAGAAAAAAAGCUAAGAAAAAAUCAAAAAGUUCUAGCAGUGACAGCAGCUCCAGCAGUGAAGAGGAGUUGUGGGUGGAAAAGGGAAAAGAGCAUGAAGUUGAAGCUACAACCACAAAAUCAUCUAAAUCUAAGAAACAUGAUGAAGAACUAGCAUCAGAAGCAUACGGGCCAGUGCCUCGAGUAGGGCCAGCCUUGGGACACAAAGACUUUGGCCGAGCCUUGUUGCCGGGUGAGGGGGCUGCAAUGGCAGCCUAUGUCGCUGAAGGAAAACGUAUUCCAAGAAGGGGUGAAAUUGGACUAACAUCAGAUGAAAUAGCAGCUUAUGAAUCUGUGGGAUAUGUGAUGAGUGGAAGCAGACACCGACGUAUGGAAGCAGUACGUAUCAGAAAAGAGAACCAGAUCUACUCGGCCGACGAGAAGCGAGCGCUUGCCGCCUUUAGCAAGGAGGAGCGCGCCAAGCGGGAGAAUGCAAUCCUCGCGCAGUUCCGCGACGUGCUGCAGGCGCGCUCGCAGCGUCGAGACGCCACGUAGGCCUCCAAGUGUUAGAGAAAUAAACCAAAUUCCACAUUUUGCUAAACACCGUACAUACGCCGACCCGGCGACUUUACCCAGCGGAUUUAUGUCGGCGGGUAAGUUGCAAAUUAAAAUUAUCACAAACAAAAACAAAAAACACUUUUUAUUUUAGACUGCCGCUGGUAAAUAAUGAUUUGAAAGUUUUAUUUUAAGAUCUUAAUUCAAAUAGGCAUGUAUGUUAAAAUUGCAGACUUUAUAAGAUUCUUAUCACUAAACUGAUUCACCGCUGGCGAAGCCGCGGCUUUUGAUAAUGUAAUAUAAACCACAACACGAUUUUGUGCAUUUUAUGAAAUAAAAUUUAUCAAUUUGA